UUCUCAUAUCUGUCUCCUUUCCUCUAGCCAUCGUUGAAUAAAGCUUCUGCUAAAUCCAACCAUGCUUUUCGUCUCUGUUUAAUUCCUCAGGAAAUAGUACCAAAGGAAUUUGAACCAUUUUUUUUCCCUUCAUCACCUUCUUGCUAUCCAAAAUAGAAAAGAGCAGAAAAGGAACCUCUAAUGGAUACUGGAGAAAGCACGCGUGCGCGGAGCAGAACAGAUAUUGUCAACAUUACGGAGCUAGAAGGUGGCUCUGGCACCUCCCAUUCAAACAGGGAUAACCGUAAGAUUUGGGUUAAGCUGAUGAUCAUAUUCAUUGAGGUAGUCUUAUUUGUCUUGUUUUUGGGAGGUCUAAUAGCUAGUUACAUUAGAUCUAAAAACCAUGAGAUAUGGGGUUUAGAACUGUGGAAGUGGUGCGUCCUGGUAUUGGUGAUUGUUGGUGGUCGAUGCAUCAUGAAAUUGAUGAUGGAUUACUUUUUGAUGUACCUGAUUAAGAAGAUUUUUUUCUUACUGAGGUGCAAGAGUAGCAAAGUUAAGAGAUCAAAGCUCGAUUCCAAUGUUCAGAAAUUUAUAAUGAGGUCACUUGCUACUUGUGUAAUUGGGGGAUUUCUAUGGGUGCUGAAAAAACUUUUAGUUAAUAUAUUGACUCCUCCAUUCCAAGCUAAAAGAUUGUUCGAUCGGUUUCGAGAAUCUUUGAUUGAUCAAUAUAUUCUUGAGGUCUUCUCUUUAAAGGACAGUAGCGUUGAUGAGGUUGUAAGUGUUGUCAACAUCUGGAUCAAACAAAACAACUUGCCAGCAUAUGAAUGCAUGACAAAUGGAAGCGUGAAGGUGAUUAAUUGGCUAAAGAAAAUAGAGCCUGACGAAAUAUCUGCUUGGGCAAUGAAAAAGCUAAUGGAGUUGAUAGGGUCUACUCCGUUGUCUUCAAUUACACAAGGACUCGAGACGCUACCUGAAAAGGAAAACAAUAUGACCAAUAUUUUUGAGCAAACAGAGGACGUUGCUACUCAGAUUUUCGGAAGUAAGGAACGAAAUGUAAUUAAAGACCUAAAACUAUUUAAAGAAGAAGCUCGCGAUGUGGAACAGCAUAUAAACGGUGUGGAGGAAAUGGCUGGUGAGGAAGAAAUAAUGCUCAAGAGGCAACGUGUACGGAAGUGGCUGGCGAAUGCCAUCAUCGAACGUAGAUCAUUGGUACAGUCCUUAGAAGAUUCCAAGAGAUUAAGAAAGGAGUUGAACAAAAUUGUCUCUGGGACUGUGCUUAUUCUGGUCUUCAUUAUCUGGUUAAUUUUGCUGAAAAUUUUAACCACAGGAGCUCUUGUCGUGAUUAUAACUCAGUUUGCUGCUCUGACAUUCAUUUUUGGUGACACUCUCAAAAGUGUAUUCCAAGGCAUCAUUUUUGUAUCUGUUAUGCAUCCAUUUGAUAUUGGUGAUUGUUGUCUCAUCAAGGGAGAAGAGAUGGUGGUUCAAAGGAUUAAUCUUCUCUCAACAGUCUUUCGGAAAAAUGUGAAGGAUAAGAUAGUGUAUCCAAAUUCAGUUUUAACUACUUUGCACAUUAAAAAUUUGUACAAGGGUGACCGCCAUUUGAUCGAAGAUUCCUUUGAGAUUACCAUUGAUUCGUCCACACCGCCAGAUCGAAUAGACGUUUUGAAGAAAGAAAUACAAAGGCUCUUGUGGAACGAAGAAAAAUAUGGAGAAAAAUGGUUAAAGACUUACGUCUUUAAUUUGAAAGAAAUUAAAAAUCGGAAGUUGAAAAUUUUUUUCAGUGUUUUUUAUCGCAAGACAGAGCUCCUGAGCGACUGGGAAAUGAUAAAUAGUCGGAGAAAUAUCUUAGUCCGAAAUCUAAAGAUGAUUCUGGAAAAUGAAAAUGAGAUCAAUGGCCAGGAAAAUGAAGAAGGGAAAGGGAAGAACAAAGUAGACGAUGGCCAGACAAAAGAAGAGAAAGACAAGAACAGAGAUGGUGGCCGAAAAACCGGAAAAAUGAAGAUUAAGUACUAUGAUAUUCUGCCUAAAGUAGUUGAUGCGGAAUAGCUAUUUUUUUCUCCAAACACCUUUCUUAUUGUAUGCAGCUUAGGUUAAUCUUCUGUUUUAUAUAGUUUGGAAAAAGUAUUUAUGACAAGUUGUCAGAGUAUAUAGUUGUGCUUUAAUUGUUGCUGUGGUUGUCUAAGUUGUGCUAUUAUGAUCACAAGUUAUUUUAUCA